UGCAAAACUUGUUGCUGGUUUUCCGAACGCGCCGGUCGUGCGGUGCCAAACGCUGUACGGAGUGCGAUCUCUCAGCGAGUCCUUCUCAGCCGCUGUAUAUACUACUGCUGAAGCCCACAGCAAGCAGGAGUGACUGGGAAGACAGGAGCAAGGCAGAGCUCGAGCUGGAGACGGACGCGCAAUCCUAUUGCAAAUGAUCGGGACCGAGAAGACACGGUUGCCAAGCCGCGCUGUAGCGGUGGAGUGCGGGUAGUGUCCCGGUACCCCGACUCUGUUGACGGGAGAAAGACUUAAACGAACUGCUCUUCGACUUUACUUAUUGCCGCACGGAGCUGGAUUUUUGCUCUUGUGGACUCUUUAAUAAUAAUAAUAAUAAUAAUAAUAAUAGUAAUAAUCAUAAUAACCAAGAACAUCCAAAUAAGUGGUGAUAUUAAAAGCAGGUUUCACGGGACCCGGAGAGCAAGACGGUUGUUUUUGCACAAUUAAAUCGUUUUUUAUUUUUUUCUGCUUAUUUUGACGAAAUACGAUAAUUGCAUUUUUAUUAAUUAUUCGUGCAAAUUACGACUAACCAGAUAUGUGGAACUGAAUUAUUAUGGGGUCUUUGAGCGAGACCCGUUUUUGUUCGUCCCGGAACGUUUGGCACAACCUGGAAUAUUAUUUUUUCUUCGGGAAAAAAAUAUAUACACCAGUAUAACGUUAUUUUCAGAUAAAUUGUGGUUUGCGCUACCUGUCAUCUGAAAUCGAAAUAGGAGGAUUUUGUAUUUCACAGAAAAGGAAAUGUUCGCGACAAUACUUGGAAAUACGGAUUGUACAGGAACAUAUAUUUUUCAAGCCACAGUUGUAAGUACCUUUAUUUCGCUCGCCUCCGAAGUUAGUUUAAUUUAACGGACAAGGAGUACGGACUUAUCCGCGCAUUAAAUACUUUUUGCGGAGCGAGUGAGGAUCUUAAUUUGUUUGCUACUUAACGCAUAGACGGUUGUUGGACUUUACUUGGUUUUCCCGUUUUAAGAAAUAUUUUAAUUCUUUUCCGACAUUCUAAAAAUGUGAUCUACAGCAAGACUUAAAAACGCUAAUUAUUUUUGCUCCCAUAUCCAUUUUUUCCGUGGCCUCAUUAACAGAAAAGGUAGUUGAUUUCGCAUUUAUAUAGUAUUCCGAUUGCGUUUUCUGAGACCUGCGAGGAGCGAUCGGCGAAAGAAACAUCGCAUCAAAGAGCCGCGCAGCCCUGCUAGCUGGCGGUCAUGCGGGUUUGAUAGCAGGGAAGUAUGUUUGGGCUGGAACAGUUUGGUUCCCAGAUUAACAGCAGAAUCUCCAGCCAAGGGGAGAGAAACCUAAACCAGUCUAGACUUAACAUGAGCUCCCACUACAAGGGCUCCGGUUUUCAUGCUGCGGGGCCCCCAGGACCUGUGGAGCCAGGCAUGGGCCCCAUGAAUGAGCCGGCCAUGAUGGGGCUCAACAUGAACAUGAACGGGGAGCACUACAGCUACCACCCGAGGGGCCACUCUGACAUGCACGGUGGAGGACUUCAGCAGCAGCAGUCUGCCAUGCCCAGCUUCUUCAGCAACCAGCAACCUCACCACAGCCACCCGCACAGCCAUCACCCGCAUCCCCAUCAGCACCACCCGCACUUUGGGGGCCCGUUCGGAGGCCCAGAUCCCGGGCCAUCCUGCCUGCAUGGGGGCAGGAUCAUGGGCUACAGCGGUAGCGGGAUGGGUCCCCAGCAGGGCUUUGCGGAGGGCUUUGACCCGCUCACUGAGGGCCAGGCGGGAGAGGCCUUUGCUCAGCAGCAGCAACAGCCGCAGCAGCAGCAGCGAUCAGGGAAUAUGCCUGACUUUCAGCACCAUGGCCCCCCUGGAGGAAGUCACGGUGUUCCCGCCCCCUGCCUGCCCCUAGACCAGUCCCCAAACCGGGCCGCCUCCUUCCACGGCCUCCCUUCUGCCUCGUCGUCCGAGAGCCAUAGCUUGGAAUCCCGUCGCCUGCCCCCCCAGGGCACUGUGGAGGGAAUAGACUACAGCUACCCCAGUGAGCCGCCCCCGGGGCACUUUGACGUGCCGGUGUUCUCCCCCUCUGAGUCUGAGCCCCAGCUACCCCAUUACGGCGGUGGGCGGCAGGUGGCUGCAGGCACCGGGGGUUUCCCCCCCGGGGGCACCACCAUGUCUCGGCCGCCUGGCAUGCCCGGCGUCUCCAAGGCGCAUCAGCAGCAGCAGCCUCCCCCCCAACCCCCCCAGCACGGGGUUUUCUUUGAGAGGUUCGGCAAUGGCCGCAAGAUGCCCAUGGGCAUGGAGGGGGGCGUCGGCACCAGGCACCCGCUUGUACCCCCCCAGCAGCAGCAGCAGCAGCAGCAGACCGGCUUGCUCGCCAGGCAGAACUCCUGUCCCCCGGGCCUCCCCCGCCCACCUCAAUCUGACUCUGGGUCCUCAAACCCUGGCAUGCAGGAUGGGGGAGUCAUGAUGCCCGGCCAGCACAACCAGUUUGAGUAUCCCAUCCACAGACUGGAGAACAGGAACCUACACCCCUACGGAGACCCCAUGUUUAAUAUGCAACAGCAGCCCCCCCCAAACCCUUCCCAGCAAGCCGCUAAUCAGAGGCUGCAGCACUUUGAUGGGCCGUAUCUGAGCAUGGCCAAGAGGCCUCGCUUCGACUUCCCCACUGGCCACAAUGGUGAGAACUGUGGCUCGUGGAGUGGAGGUGGCAUGCACAACCCUCCGGGGGUGGAGAACCACCUCUCCCCCUCAGCCUACCCAGGCCUCCCCGGGGACUUUACCCCCCCAGUGUCAGACGGCUUCCCCUCAGGGCCCCCACUUCAGCAUGCUGGCCCGGAGCCACAGUCACUGCAGCAGCGACAGAACGCCGCCAUGAUGAUCAAGCAGAUGGCCUCGCGGAACCAGCAACAGCGGAUGAGGCAGCCCAACCUGCAGCAGCUGGGUCACCACGGGGAUGUCGGACAGGGCGCCAUGGUGCACGGGGGCAUUCCCCCAACGGGCUUCGACCGGGACGGCGCCGGCCGGAUGGCGGGCUUCGAGGCCCAGAACGCCCACAUGUCUCAGGAGGGCACCUGGUUCCCUGGGUCGCACCAGGCGGGGGAGAUGCUGCCGCGGAGGAUGGGCAGCGCCACUGAGGUCGGUCCCCACGACAUGGGCCUCCAGCAGGGCGGUGCCGGAAUGAUGUUCCGGCCUGGCGUCAAUGGGAUGGGCAUGCAGGAGCCCAUGCGGAUGCCGGGAGAUGGGCACGUUCAGGCCCUGCACUCCCCCAGCAUGCACCCGCCGUUCAGCAGCAGCAUGGGCAGUCUCAACCAGAUGCAGUCACCAGGGGCUGGUGUGGGGCAUCCCAGCGCCCCCUCUGAUAGAAGGUCAGCUGACUUUGUGGCUCCCCCGAUGGGGGCUCAGCCCGCCUUCUCAUAUGCUAACCGGCAGGGGGCUUCCCACAGCAAUCCGCCCGGAGUGAACACCUCCCCAGGGGGCUAUGCUCCUCAGUCAGAGUUCCCUCCGGGCCAGCGGUCCUCAGUGAGCAAGCUGGGGGCCCUCUCCCUCGGGAGCUUCAGCAAAACCAGCACCAAGGACAACGUGUUCGGCCAGAGCUGCCUGGCAGCCCUCUCUACAGCCUGCCAGAACAUGAUCGCCAGCCUCGGGGCCCCAAACCUCAAUGUGACGUUCAACAAGAAGACCCAGAAUGAAAAUAAGCGUAAGCUCAGUCAGACAGAGCAGGACAUCAGCGGCGGCAAUGGCGCUGGGGCGGCGGGAGCCACGGCUGGCUCUGGGCCCGAAUACUUCCAGGGCGGGUCGUCUCAGAGCAGCCAGAUGCCUGGCGGUGGGAAUGGUAACGGCAAGGCCGCCAGUCAGAGCCAGACAGUGCAGGGGGAAGCCAGUGCCCUCUCCCCAAACUACAGUAUGGAUGCUACCCCCGGGAGUGAGGGGAAAGCAGCAACAGGGAGUGGGAGAGGGAGGGGCAGGAGGAAAAGGGACAGCGGGCAUGUGAGCCCGGGAAUCUUUUUCUCCUCUGACAGCACUAACCCUGUUGUGAGUCCGAGCCAGCAGGGCCAGCCGGCCGGCAUGGCCGAAAGAAGCGGGGGCACACCGAGCGAGAAGCCCCUGACGUCCCCUGCUUGGGGCAAAGGGGCCGACCUGCUGCUGGGCGAGCAGCCUGACCUCAUGUCGUCGCUGGACAGCGGCAUUCAGAGCGUGGCCAAGUCGGAGGGCGGCUCCCCGCACGUGGACUUCCCGGAUGAUGGUGGUGGCGGCGCGGGGGCAGGUACCCACUACGGCAACGAGGACGAGGUGUCCUCCAGCUCCGACGGCGGCUCCAAGCCCAGCCGCAGCUCGCUAGUAGGGGGGUCUCCCAAGCUGCAGAGGGGGGAGCACGGACUGAUGAAUGGACAGAAGGCACUGGGUCUGGCUAUGGUGAACCACACUACCUCUACCCCUGACAGCUAUGGCAUGAGUGGCGGAGGGGGGGCCGGAGCGACACACCCAGGAACGCCCGGCAUGGAGCAGGUCCGCACGCCCUCCAGUACUGCGGGCCAGGAUGAGAUCCACCCCCUGGAGAUCCUGCAGGCCCAAAUCCAGCUGCAGAGGCAGCAGUUCAGCAUCUCCGAGGACCAGCCGCUGGCCAUGAAGGGCGGCAAGAAGGCGGACUGUGGCAGCCAGAGCGGGGAUGGCGAGCUCUCCUGCUGCAGCCCCGAUGCCGGCAAAGGCUCUGUCAGCACUAUUGACCUUGACAGCCUGAUGGCGGAGCAGCAUGCCACGUGGUAUGUGCCCAGUGACAAGGCCCUGAUGGAGGGACCCGAGGACGAGAAGGCCAUGGCUCUGUGGGACAAGACGAAAGGCCAGAGCAGCAGCAAAGAAGGUGCAGACCUAUCACAGACCAAGGGCGGGGCUGGCAGUGUGGCUGGAGGCGGAGCCGGCGGAGGGAGCCACCUGCAGUGCCUGUCAGUGCACUGCACGGACGAGCUGGGGGAGGGCAAGGCUCGGGGGGCGCCCGUGUCCUCAUGGCGCUCGCUGCACUCC